AUGCUUCAGAGCUUCUUGAACAGACUCAGGUUCUUCAAUGGCCAUGUUGCAUCUUUCAUACACAUUGAUCAACGUUCUCAUGCCUCUUACAGGCGUGUGAUCAUAGUUAUCAUGAUCACUCUGAUCAUCUUCUUCAGACUCCAAAUCCUCAGGUUGAUCUUGCUCAAGAACAUGGUCUUCAUCAGCCUAAGGUUCUGGCUCAUCAUCUACAUCUUGGUGAUCUUGAAGUUGAACUGUCACCAGAUCAUAGAUGUCUUCAGAUUCAUUUUGAGGAGAUGA